UACUGAACUGCCGUCUCGACUCUCUGUGCAUUCGAUCAGUCAAUUGAAUUGAUCAUGAAGUCGGCUGUUCACGCCGUCUUGAUUGCGCUGUAUGCUGUGCUCGCUGUCUUGUUUCCCAGCGUGAUCGCGGAUGACAACCAGGAAUACAGAAGUACGCUGCGCACACAUUCGCUGUUCCCGCCUUACCUUGAUCAGGAUGUGCAAUCGCGAUGGUGGGACUUUGGCGGAGACACGGUUAUCAACGCCAACAAGCAUGUCCGCCUUACUUACGACCGUCCUUCUCAAACGGGUUGGUUGUUUAGUCGUUUGCCUUUGACCGCGUCAAACUUUGAGAUUGAGUUUGAAUUCAAGGUCUCUGGAUCGGGCCAGAACAUUUUUGGUGACGGUAUGGCUGUCUGGAUCACGAAAGAGCGUGCCCAGAGUGGCCCAGUCUUUGGCUUUGUUGACAAGUUUGAGGGUCUUGGUAUCUUCAUUGACACCUACAAGAACAACCGACCUGGUACCAUGUUUCCCUACGUUAUGGCCAUGCUUGGUGAUGGUAAGACUGAAUACGAUCACGACCACGACGGCAAAGCGAACGAGAUUGGUGGCUGCUCGGCUCGUGGUCUUCGAGGGGCGUCCAUUCCUACAAAGGGCCGCAUCACUUACUACAAGGACAACUACCUUGAACUUCAGCUUCAAUACAAGAACGAGGAUCAAUGGAUCACCUGCUUCAACGUCCCCCAUGUCACGCUUCCUACUGUAUCGUACUUGGGUUUCACUGCCCUCACUGGCGAACUCAGCGACAAUCACGAUAUCAUCUCCGUGAAAGCUCAGAACAUCUACACGCCUACAGUUGCUAAUCCUCAGCAAGCCCCCGUGAAUGCAGGUGUUCCGAAAGCGAAUCAGGGCUCAGGUUGGGGAAUGUUCCUCCUCAAACUUGUUUUCAUUGGUGCAGUAUGCGGAUCUUUGUAUGUUGCAUGGACGAUGUAUGCCAAACAGCGACGGAGGUCUUCUAGAUUUUAAAGAAUACCCAGAUUAGCAUACACCAUGCACACUGCAUUCUACUACGGUCUACCAAGCACAACAAGCUGUACUUGGAAUUGUACGGGCGGCUGAGUUGUAUCAUAUAGAAGCUCCAUACAUACAUAUUCAGCCCCAUGUGUUAAGACGGCGCAUUAUAUUAUCGAUAGGC